GCCGUCUCGAGUCUCGUCGUCACCUUCCACCAUUUCUCAACCACUCCAUCCUUCUCUUUCCCGCAAUCUCCAAACCGGGUCGAACCUUCUUCGAGUUUCGACGGCAAACAACGCCACCCCGCUCGCCCCGUCCAUGGCGUCCUCCUUCGGCGGUCCCUACGGCUACGGCUAUGGCUACGGCGACGGCCAGCAGCAGCCUCAGCCGUAUCCACCUCCGCCUCCUUACGGGUCGUCACCCUCAUCGUCGUUCGGGUCCGGGUACCGUCCGUCGUUCCCGCCAGGGACCGACCCGGAGGCGAUCCGGAGCUUCGAGAUGGCUGACAGGGAUUGGAGCGGGUACAUUGACGAGGAGGAGUUGCAACAGGCUCUCUGUUCUGGGCCGUAUCAGAGGUUCAGCACCGGAACCGUUCGGUUGCUCAUAUUCCUGUUCAAGAAUCCCACUGACCCUAUUGGACUUGGCCCCAAAGAGUUCGCUGCUUUGUGGAGCUGCCUCGGUCAGUGGAGGGCCAUCUUUGAGAGAUUUGAUGGAGACAGAAGCGGAAAAAUCGACUUGACAGAACUGAGGGAUUCUCUUUACAGUCUAGGCUACGUGAUCCCGCCGUCUGUUCUUCAAGUUCUGAUGUCUAUAUAUGACAGCCGCAGCAGCGGGACAUGCGAACUUAAUUUUGAUGCUUUUGUCGAGUGUGGGAUGAUUGUGAAGGGCCUGACGGAGAAAUUCAAAGAGAAAGAUCUGCAAUACACGGGAUCAGCGACACUCGGAUAUGAUGAGUUCAUGUGUAUGAUCCUUCCUUUUCUUGUAUCAUAUGAUUGACGGGUGAGUAUUAAUACUUUGUUUGGCAUGUAAAUACUGGACAAUAAAGUGCGACGGCAGCUCGUCGCUCUGUAACUGUAAAUUCUUGGGAGUCCUCUUGUCUGCUAUUAUAAGCAGGAACAUUUGUGUGCUGUUAUGCUUGCUGUAUUCUUAGAGGUGGUGUUUCUAUU